AUGGCUGGCGGGUAUUUUGAUCUGCCGAUAACCUCGUCCAGGCGUUCGAGCCUUGCUGAUGGGCUUGGAGGUACAGGCAGAUCAUCUGCAGGGCCGCGUGUAUCCCCCCUAUUGAGUCCCAAUGAGAACCCAGUAGAGAGACCUAUGGACCCCAGUGGAGCUCAGACCAAGCCCAGGAAUGCUGGCAUUCUCAAGAGCACGAAUCGCGUCAAAUUCAGUGUGAGCGAGGCCGGUAUUCGCAUGAGCCCAUACGGAUCGACGUCAGAGACCCAGCCUGAUACAAGGGGUUCCUCACUCCCGCAGAGACCAUUGCCCAUCGCCAGCAUUCCAACGGUGGACAAAACAACAUCCGAGACCCAAUCAUUGCCCCUGGUUGAUAUCAGUCCGAGCUCUCCGGUAGGUGUCACGGGCCUAACGGUCCACUCGCAAGCCAGUUCUCCGGGGCUCGUUGGCGACGAUGAAGUCAGCUAUGAGAAGGGAAAAGCAAUCCAUUCUGCACAAGAAAGAGCUCAACGACUAGCGUCUCUCCUGGGUCGUCCCGCAAAGUCUCCUCGGCCUAGCCCUUGGUCCAGUCAACCAUCGUCUAUCGCGUCUACUCCCACUGAGGUGGUGCUGCCCUCUGAAGAUGGGGAUGAGAUUCCCAUGAUCAGCCUCUCCGAGAAACAAUAUAACUACUUCUCUGAUGAUGAAGACGACGCCCUAGUUGGAACACAAGCCACACGCACCGCCGAAGCUCACCAGCUUGUGCGACAAAUGACUCGCAAGGAUUUCAACUUUUUCACCCGGAUCCGCGCUCCUUCACCUGGUCUCCGCUCCGGCCAGGUCACCCCCAUCGAGGAGAGAGACCCCGACGCCUACGUCGAGCGCCCUUCUCAUUACCGUGGCGGGAUCCUCUCUUCUCUUUUAAAGCUCUACGACCAGCCUGGUGCUAGCAACUACUACUCACGCGGCCGACAUGGCCACUCGCGUCAGAAUAGCUCAGGAGACUUCAGUGGCCGAGGGUUAUCACCCGACCCUUCGUGGAAGCCCCAGCGUCCCAGAAAGUGGUACGAGAAGUCGCCCAACCAGUCUACAUCCUCUCUGGCUGGUUCUACGGCCAAAAACUCCUUUACCUCGCCUAUUGGGAUGCUCAAGCGCUCGCGGAGCAGUGGGGCAAUCCCCGGCGUGCCUAAACGGAUGGGCAAGCCACAGCUAGAGGAUGAAAUCCGAGUGACUGUCCACAUCGCAGAACUCCUUUCCCGCCAACGAUACCUGAUCCGACUUUGCCGUGCCCUGAUGAGAUAUGGCGCCCCUACGCACCGUUUGGAAGAAUAUAUGAAGAUGACCGCUCGGGUCCUGGAGAUCGAUGGUCAGUUCCUGUAUAUGCCUGGGUGCAUGAUCAUCUCCUUUGAUGAUCAAUCCACCCAUACCACGGAAGUGAAGCUGGUCCGAAGCCCCCAAGGGGUUGACCUGGGAAAGCUAUCCGAAGUACAUACGAUCUACAAGGAGGUGAUUCAUGAUGUGAUCGGCGUCGAGGAGGCCAUUCAACGUUUGGAUGAGGUCAUGAAGAAGAAAAACACAUACCCAGUCUGGCUCCUUGUUUUGGUACACGGCUGCGCGAGCGCCAGUGUUGGACCUUUUGCCUUCAACGCCCGACCCAUCGAUAUGCCCCUCUGCUUCGUGCUGGGUUGUCUCUUGGGCAUUCUCCAGCUUGUCCUCUCUCCCCGAUCAGAUCUCUACUCGAACGUUUUUGAAAUCUCCGCCGCCGUGUUGACCUCCUUCUUGGCCAGAGCAUUUGGCUCCAUUCGAUACAACGGUGACCGGUUGUUUUGUUUCUCCGCCCUUGCUCAGUCCUCCAUUGCCCUCAUCCUUCCGGGAUAUUUGGUCCUGUGUGCCAGCCUGGAGCUGCAGUCGCGCAGUAUUGUGGCCGGGUCCGUCCGCAUGGUCUACGCCAUCAUCUACUCCCUGUUCCUGGGCUUCGGAAUUACGGUUGGCACGGCAGUCUAUGGCCUCUUGGACUCGGAUGCGUCCUCGGCAUACACAUGCCCUGCCAGCCCGAUCACAAACGAGUAUCUCCAACGCUUCCCCUUCGUCAUCUGUUUCACUCUCUGCCUGGCGAUUGUCAACCAAGCCAAGCCGAAACAAAUCCCCAUGAUGCUGGUCAUCUCCUUUGCCGGAUACGUGACCAACUACUUUGGGACCAAGCGGUUCUACUCCAGCACCCAGAUAUCUAUCGCCCUAAGCGCCUUCGUCAUCGGCGUCAUGGGAAACCUGUACAGCCGGCUGCGACACGGUCUGGCCGCCGCAGCGAUGCUCCCCGCGAUCUUUGUGCUCGUCCCGUCUGGCCUGGCGGCGAGUGGAUCGCUGAUCUCUGGGAUCGCGUCGGCGGAACAACUGACCACAAAGACCACCCCUUACUCCGUCAUCUCGAACGGCACUCAAGGCUUCGUCGAUGCCGCCAAGAACAUGACAGGGUCGCCUUCCUCCCAAUCUGAAUUCAACGGCGUCGUGUUCGACAUUGGAUACGGCAUGGUCCAGGUGGCAGUUGGCUUCACCGUCGGGCUCUUCCUCGCUGCCUUGGUUGUGUAUCCUCUAGGCAAGAAGCGGAGCGGUCUGUUCAGCUUCUAA